CGUACAUAGGACACGUAUUCGAUGAAUAAUUGAAGAUCAGAAGUUAAAACCAAAGAAACAGCCCUUCUAUGAGGCUUGAUAGCAGGGAGUAAUAAUAAUUGUGAUGCAAGUGUUUCAUAACCUGUCAAAUCGUUUAUCUCAAGCGAUUGUACUACGCUUUCGUAAACCGAAACAAUACCCGUUCAAUUACCUCCAACCAAGAGUAUGACCAUACAGGUUCCCGUGCCACUACAAUCGAUCUGCCGUCCCGCUUUUCUCCAGGUGUGAAACGAUAAACAGAUGAACAGUGCUUAUCUUUCCUGUAGUGGGUCAUGUUAUCUUCGGUUCAGCGCUUCCAAUGUGUGUUCUCAUGAUAAGGAGGGAGUCCCAAGACUGCAUUUGGGACCUUUGGUGGGAUAUAUUGUCUUCUUUCUGAAUUCUUGAACGAGUCUCGGUCUUUGUGCUUUCCAACACCUCCUAGGAUUUGAGAACAGCCAUGGCGACUCACGAACCAGACCAGAAGAAUUUGGAAGAAAUCCCCGUCGACGAGAAGGCGUUUCCUGUAUCUCCCGUAUUUGAACAUCUCAGGUCGGAUUCAAUUGAGGAGUCAGACACAAGCGUCGAUGAGGCGUUGCAAUUAGUGGGGAAGGAACGAACAUCAGAGUUCAGUGAUGAAUUCAAUCAUAGAGUGAGAAGGAAGUUGGACCUUUUGAUUCCCCCGCUUUGUGCAGCGGUAUACUUUACGCAAUUUCUGGACAAGACAUCGUUAAAUUAUGCCAGCAUCAUGGGUCUACCCAUAACUGGACAGAAUUACAACCUAGUUUCUAUGGCUUUUUACCUAGGAUUUCUCCUUUUUGAAUUCCCCACUGUCUAUAUAUCCCAGAAAACGAGGGCAGCCAAAUACCUUGGUGUCAAUAUCGUUCUGUGGGGUGUGAUAUUGAUGCUACACGCCGUGGGGAGUUCAUUUGGAGCGUUUUUCGCUCUUCGGUUUCUACUGGGAAUGUGCGAGAGCUGCGUCGCCCCCACAUUGAUUCUGAUUAUCUCCAUGUUCUACAAGAAGGACGAACAGGCGUCGCGAAUUUCGUGGUUCUAUGUGAUGAAUGGGCUUACACAAGUGUUUGGUGGAUUCAUUGCCUAUGGUGUUUCAUUCUCAAAUGACAGUCAUAUAGCCCCGUAUAAGAUCAUAUACGUAUUGCUCGGCGGCUUAGCGAUUAUCGUCGGCCUUUCUGUCCUAAUAUGGUUGCCUGACUCGCCUGUUCAUGCUCAUUUUCUUGAUCAAGAGGAGCGCAUAGCUGCCUUAGAGCGAGUUAGGAAUGACCAAGGCGGGGUAGCAAACAAGAAAAUCAAGAGGAAACAAAUACUCGAAGCUUUCACGGAUAUACGAACAUGGUUGAUCGUGUUGACCACUAUGAUGACAAGCAUUCCUAACGGCGCUCUGAGCAACUUCAGUAAUAUCAUCAUCAGAAAUUUCGGGUACACUUCGAGACAGACAUUAAUCUUAUCGACUCCAGCCGGCGCAGUGGCAUCACUCAUGACUCUUUUUUGUGGAUGGUACUCGGAUCGAAAGAAUGAACGCAUGAUUCCCAUCAUAAUAGCCUUGAUUCCAACCAUUGUUGGUGCAGCUAUGCUAAUUGGGCUUAAUGACUCGGGGAAAAAAGGCGCCUUGUUAUUCGCGACGUACCUCAUUGGCACAUUUGGAAGCUCACUAUCCACAGUUUAUGCCUACAAUGCAAGCAAUACUAGUGGACACACGAAAAAGAGCACAGUAAACGCUAUGACCCUACUAACUUUCAGCAUUGGGAACAUUGUCGGGACGGAAAUCUUCUUACCAAAGGACGCUCCCGCAUAUAUCCCCGGUAAAAUAGCCAUCAUGGUCUUACUGACUGUUCAGCUGGGGAUAUCGUUGCUACUUAGGUGUAUUAAUUUGCGGUUGAACAGAAGAAAAUUCGCACAAAUCGAAGAGCUGAAGAGAAGUCGCGGGUGGACAGACGCGGAUGUUCAGAAAGAGCGCGAGAAGCAUGCAUUUAUGGAUCUCACUGACCAAGAGAAUAUCUACUUUGUAUACACAGCUUGA